GCAGGGGAAGCCCGAUCGAUGGAAGGACGGAGAAGAUUCACACGCAACCAAUCAGCGAUCUCGUCUGUCUCUAGGGAGCAAGGGUGGUGACGUCACUGGACAGCGGGCCGGUGGGGAGAAAGAAAGAAAGAAAGGAGCUCCUCAUUUAAAGAGACCCCUCCAGUGAUUCGGCGGAGCUCGGCCAGAGCCCACGUCGGGAGGAUGGUGUGCGGCGGCUUCACCUGCUCCAAGAAUGCGCUGUGUGCGCUCAACGUGGUCUACAUGCUGGUUGGCCUCCUGCUGAUUGGUGUGGCGGCAUGGGGAAAAGGCUUUGGAAUCGUCUCCAGCAUCGAGAUUAUUGGGGGAGUCAUCGCAGUUGGCGUUUUCCUACUCCUUAUUGCUAUUGUUGGCUUAAUUGGAGCAGUUAGUCACCAUCAAGUGAUGCUCUUCAUUUACAUGGUGGUGUUAAUACUCAUCUUUAUUUUCCAACUGGUGGUAUCUUGCUCCUGUUUGGCUAUGAACAGAUCGCAACAAGAGCACUUCCUGAACAACACAUGGAUCCACCUUGGUAAUGUCACUCGAAAAGAGAUGGAGAAAAACUUGAAUUGCUGCGGUCUAUUAAACACCACAGAUAGCAAAGAUUUCAAGGCAGAAUUUUCUUCCUGUGAAGCGGAGUGUAAGAUGAAGCAUUCACAGUGUGAAACAUGUGGCGAUAAAAUGUUGAAUCAUGCUGGUGAAGCCUUGAAAAUCCUCGGAGGUGUGGGACUCUUCUUCAGCUUCACAGAGAUCCUCGGUGUUUGGCUUGCAUUUCGGUACAGGAACCAGAAAGACCCUCGUGCAAAUCCAAGUGCUUUUCUAUAGUGUUACUGAAAAUCUCCCCGCAAUCUUUCAAUCAUACAUAAUUGUAUUUUUCAGUUUUAGUCCCAUCUCUUAGCGGCUAAUUUCUGACACUAUGGUUCCAUGUUCAGAUUGGCUAGAAGAAAGGGACGGGGA